UUAUGGGAACAAUGUUACAGAACAAAACAGAACAGAACAAUUCAGCUACAGGUUCUGGUUCUCAAGUAGAAACCGUUUACAGCUUUGCUUGAGCUGUCGUCCUGUUUUAAACCGGAGGCUUUAUAACAUAUUCCGAAUUUGUGAGCUGCAGGAUCAAAUUAUUCCAACAUAUGCGUGGAGACAUGUGGAAUAUUAAUAUAACUUUAUAAAAAUACGUUCGUAACAAUUUAUCUACUUUUCAGGGGACUGCCGUGUUCAGCCUUCGCCUGCUGUACGCUUUGGGCACGAGCACGAGAGGAAUCGUUUCGGUGACCUUGAAGGGGCGUUGGACAGAGCCUAUAUUCCCUGAUAUUGUCGACUUCUUUAUGCCCUGUUCAUUUGACCCAGACGUAGUGUCGUUCGGCAGCUACACUGAGGUGUGCCCCGGUGGUGGCUCUGGUUACGGGGCUCGGUUAAAUUAUUCGGAAACGCACUACGCCAUAAUUACCUAUAUCGACAGCAUCAGGCGCACCUUCGUCUACGACGACGAGAAGGCAUUUGCUGCCAAGCUGUGCAAAGCAAAAGCCUUGGACUCCGACGUGACGUUUGGCAUCGCCGUCUACGACGUCGACUACGACGACUACGAGAACAAGUGUGCUUCCCUGAACAGAUACAACCGCAACAGCCGCUUGAAGGCGGUGAAGAGGGUAGUGGAGUCUUUCAGGAGGCAGAGUAUGAUUUUUGACGAGAAUAUAUGCAGAAAGACAGCGGUGCCCUAA